AUGUUCGUCGAGCAUGCGAGUCAUGCAGGCAGAGAAAGACAAAAUGCACAGGGGAUAAGUCCGGGUGCCGCAAUUGUAGGGAAGCAGGAAUCAUAUGCUGCUACACUGAUGGGAAAAGGGAGAAGUCAAAGAGCCAAGGUCCAAACAUAUGAGGAGGUAAUUAGGAAAAUGAGCUCACGUUUUGGAGUCUCGGACGAACAGCUGAUGAGCAAUGCGAUAUCCUCUGACCCAAAGCAAGCUAUCCUUGGAGAUCAAUCUGAUGAUGGAUCAACAUUUACCAAGGGCCGCUCUAUCCUUGCUGGUGAUGGUUCUCAACGCCGGUCACAGUCGCCGUCUGCCAGAUCAUUUGCUGGUACCGACCGAGUUGAAGAGGACUUUAACAAGGACAGCAAAUCUCGAGCUACCGGAUAUAUUGGGAACAGCUCGGAGAUGUUUUGGCUGCAGAAACUACGCAAAAAGGUCAAUGGUGAUGUUCCAGAGACGGGCCAGUCAUCUCCUCCUCUAACGCCCCCGAAAAAAAAUGAUGACGGCCUCAUUGCUUCAAUAAAUUUCUAUGCAGAUAACAAGGAUUUUGACUUGACCGAAGAAGUACAAGCAGCAGCAAUGCCUCCAAAAGAAACCGCAACCCAACUUCUUCGGGCAUAUCUCAGGUCUAUUCACCCUUCGUUUCCAAUCAUAGGAAAGUCUACUUUCCAAUCACAAUACAAUAUGUUUUUCAGUCAGCCAGGAGCCAAGCCUGGCAACAAGUGGUUGGCUAUAUUAAACCUGAUCUUUGCUACAUCGGCUGUGUAUGCACGGCUCGUUGGAGCAGAUUGGAAGAUGGAAUUGGAGCAUCAUAGCGUGUAUUUUAAGAGAGCGCGGAUAUUGAGCAUACGUGAUACUUUUUUUGAUCACCCGGACUUGCAGCAACUACAGAUCGAAGGACUGACAUCUUUCUACCUCCUUGCAAUCGGGCAAGUCAACCGAUCAUGGAAGAUUUCCGGCAGUGCAGUCAGAGGCGCAAUAUCUCUUGGGCUCCACCUUCGAAAUAUAGGAACAACAACUUCAGACACAUCAAAGGAGAUACGAUAUCGUGUCUGGUGGUCGUUGUACACUCUGGACCACAUGUUGAACGUCAUAACUGGUCGACCAUCGUGCAUCAUUGAUGGCGCCUGCACAACCCCUAUUCCAAUUCCUUUUGAUGAAAACGACUUCCAAAAGCCAGAGGCCGCUCAGAUGCUGAGUAACCAUACUCGAAAGGGGUCAUGGAUACAGGACUGGAAACCAUCAUCUUCCAGCCUGCCCAGUCCAUCUCAAAAUGGUGAAUGUUCAGCUGACAACACCGUUGUAAUUAAAACCGAAACAGAAUCCGACGGCAUCGAUUGGCUGAAAACAUUACCAAUAACUAUGUCGCUGUACUUUUUUUAUCUUGCUACACUUGCUUCUAUCUCCAAACGGGCCAACUUGAAGCUCUACAGUGGCGAAGCAACGCAGGCACCCUGGACAAGCCUUGAAUUUACCAUUCAGAGCCUGACUAUGGAAAUUGAUGUAUGGCUUGCUACUGUACCUGAAGCAUUUGAUUUUAGGGUCUUCUCCACGGAUAAAUCAACGAUAACUCAGAAAAUGGGACUGGCUUUCGCAUACUACAGCACCAAAAUUUCGAUCAGCAGGCCUUGUCUCUGUCAGCUUGAGAAAGAUUGCCAGAGCGAUGGCGUCUAUGAGUUUUGCAGUAAGACUGCUGCUGAAUGUGUUGACGCUGCCACCCAAAUGAUCAACAUGCUGCCUGCAACCAUGGAAGCAAGCGCCUUGUACAAAAUUUCUCCAUGGUGGUGUACGCUCCAUUAUAUUAUGCAAGCCACCACAGUGCUCCUUUUGGAAUUGUCAUUUCGAGCUGAACAUGUUCCAGAAAGGGCAGUUGAAGUAUCACAAGCCUUGAAAAAGGCAGUCAAAUGGUUGUUCGAACUUUCUCAUUCGAGUGACUCUGCUCAUCGUGCAUGGAAGCUUAGCGACGAAUACCUGCACAAUCUAGCGCCGCCACUGAAUCUUGACAUCAGUGACCUCCCAGAUAGUGAGAUACUUAUGGAUUCAUCAAACAAUUUUGUCUCGGUAUUAGAGAACUCUUUGCUAGAUCAUCAGGUCCCAACACUCAUGCCGUACCUGGAGACGGACCCCUUGGGCUUCCUUGACACACAGCAGACAGAAAGCGAGACUCAGGGCUCAUUACAGAAUAACGCUUUCGACGACUUUCUGCCCUACGACCCGAAUACUGGGCAGAUCACCGGUUCAUUCUUCCCAUCAUCAGCAUCAGAUAUUGACAUGGACUUCGCUCAUAUGUGGGAAAACUCCGCAUUUUGA